AUGUAUCAGGAUCUGAAAGCGAUGUUCUGGUGGCCAGGGAUGAAGAAUGAUGUGGCAUUACAUAUAUCUAAAUGUUUAAUGUGUCAGAAGGUUAAGAUUGAGCAUCAGAGACCAUCAGGGACCCUUCAGCCUUUGGAGAUUCCACAAUGGAAAUGGGAGAGUAUCGCAAUGGAUUUUGUGAUAGGUUUGCCUAGAACCCGAUCUGGUUAUGACGCUAUUUGGGUGGUUGUGGAUCGACUGACAAAAUCAGCUCACUUUCUUCCUAUCCGAAUAAGUUGUUCAAUGGAAGAAUUAGCUCGAAUGUAUAUUAAAGAGAUUGUCAGGUUGCAUGGCGUGCCUUCUACCAUUAUAUCUGACAGGGAUCCUCGCUUUACAUCAAGGUUCUGGGGAGCUUUUCAGCGUGCAUUUGGAACUCAGUUAAGCAUGAGUACUGCGUAUCACCCUCAGACAGAUGGUCAGUCAGAAAGAACUAUUCAGACCUUGGAGGAUAUGCUAAGGGCUUGUGUUUUGGACCAGCCUGCGAGCUGGGAUCGAAAAUGCCAGUCUCCACUGUGUUGGUAUGAAACUAGAGAAAGAAGUUUGUUAGGGCCUGAGAUGAUAGCUGAAACUACUGAACAGAUAAAGAAAAUUCUUACACCAACUACUGGAGUGGGAAGAGCUAUUAAGACUAAGAAACCGAAUCCCCGUUAUAUUGGACCCUUUGAGAUUCUGAAGAGGAUUGGGCCAGUGGCUUAUAGAAUUGCCUUACCGCCAUAUCUUUCGAAUUUGCACGACGUGUUUCAUGUGUCUCAGCUUAGGAAGUACACUCCUGACGCAAGUCAUAUUCUAGAACCGGAACCAAUCCAAGUGAGAGAAGAUCUAACACUUCCAGUAGCUCCGGUAAGAAUUGAUGACACCAGGGUUAAACAAUUACGAGAAAGGGAAGUAUCAUUGGUAAAAGUAGCUUGGAGUCGAGCUGGUAUUGAGGAACAUACCUGGGAGCUCGAAUCAAAUAUGCGAAAAGACUAUCCAUAUCUCUUUUCAGUACUUGUAACCUUCUUGUGCUUGCCUUUGUUUGUUUACUUGUCUGUGAAAAUGCAUGAUAGAGUUGGAGGUAAGGAGGAAUGGCAGAAUGAGAUUUAG